AUGACCAUUCCGCUUUGGCAAGCUCGUCAAGCUGGUGCUGGUGCUGGUGCUGGUGCUGGUGCUGGUGGACAAUCGCGACCCUUUUCUUCUGCCAAACCUGCCAAAUCCCAAUCAUCCGAACCCAAACCUCUGUACGCCGCUCAAUCUUCUCUGCCUCAUCUUCCCGUCCCGACGCUGAGCUCGACAUUCUCCAAAUAUGUUGAGACUCUCCAACCGUUAUUGACGCCCAGUCAGCUGGAUCACUCUAAAUCCCUCGUGAGGGACUUUCUACAGUCUGAACAGGCUCAAAUCCUGCAAAAGCGCUUAGAGGACAGAGCGGCAGAGAAGGACUCUUGGUUGAGUGAAUGGUGGAACGAAACUGCGUAUAUGGGUUACAGAGGAAGGAUACUGCCGAACGUUUCUUACUUUUACAUCCACGCAAAAGGGUUGGCAAAGGGAAAGGAUCAAGUUGAAAGAGCGGCAGAGCUGGUCAGAGGGAUCGUAGAGUUCAAAAAGCUGGUCGUGAGCGAGAGGCUCGCGCCGGAGUCCGUCAAGGGCCAACCCUUAUGCUCUGCUUCCUAUAAAUACAUGUUCAACGCGGUUCGAGUACCGACCAAACCUGCAGACGUCCCCAAAGCUUACGCUGGAGAUCUUGAACAUAUUGUUGUCCUGUGCAACAAUCGCUAUUUUAAAGUCGAUACAAAAGGUCGAUCGGCAUCCGAACUGAGUGACGCUUUCCGAAAAAUCAAGGAAACUGCAAAGAGCCAACAAGGGAUCAAUCUGGGUGUUUUGACUGCGGACGACAGGGAUGUCUGGACUGAUAUUCGCGACAAGCUCAUCAAGACAUCCGCUGCGAAUGGCAAAGCGAUCGAGACGAUCGAUUCUGCCAUAUUGCUCGUGUGCCUGGACGAUGCGCCUGCACCUCAGGGAGAAGAUCAACGAGCUUGGCGAUAUUGGGUUGGAGGAUCAGACCGAAAAGCCAAAGGCAAGGCGUUGAAUCGGUGGUUCGACAAACAUCAGUUGAUCGUGGAUGAGAAUGGAGGUAGUGGAUUCAAUGGCGAGCACUCGAUGCUGGAUGGAACUCCGACACUGAGGCUGAACGAGUUCAUGCUUGGGGGAUUGGAGAAAGGCGUCAUCCCGCUCGAGCUGCCCGAGGCGGAGAGGAAUACUGAGCCCAUGCCUGAGCCGGAAGAGAUCACGUUUGAUCUCCGGAAACUGAAGACAGUCAUCAAGGAAAGUCAGAAAGGCUUUGAAAGGGAAAUGAAGCUGCAAGAUCUCAAGAUGGUCAACUUUGAUGAGUAUGGCAAGAACGCCAUUAAAGGCUACAAGAUCUCACCAGACGCCUGGGCGCAAAUGAUCAAACAACUCGCAUUCUUUAGAUCGUUCGGACGACCUGGAGUGACUUACGAAUCGUGUCAGACGAGAAAAUACCUACUUGGUCGAACCGAAGUCAUCCGAUCUGCAUCAGCUGAAGCGAAAGCGUUUUGCGAAGCGAUGGACGAUGCCAGUGCCUCAGACACCGAACGCGAGAGACGCCUUCGACGAGCUGGCGAGAGACAUCUCCAGUAUGCUGCUUGGGCGGCUGAUGCGCAAGGUGUCGAUCGACACAUGUUUGGACUGCGCAAACUCGUGAAGGAGGGUGAAAAGAUGCCUGCAGUAUUCGAAGACGAGGCGUUCUCCAAGAGUAGUCAUUGGGAGAUGAGUACGAGUCAACUCAGUACGCCGUACUUUGAUGGAUGGGGUUAUGGAGAAGUGGUUGACGAUGGCUACGGAUUAUCGUAUGAGAUCAACAACGAUUCCAUCAGAUGGUGCGUCACGACGAAGAACAAUGACGCUGCCAAGUUUGGAGAGGCGUUGAAGACUGCCGCGCGAGACAUUCGAAAGAUGAUGGAUCGAGCAAAAGAUGCCGUGGGAGGAGAGCAAAAGGCGAAGCUGUAAAUGAAGUGGGAGGGCCGGGCCGACAGGCGGAGGAGGGACAUUAGAUUCAUAUGUCUAGACGAUUAAUGCUCUUGCAUGGUUCCUGAAGAAGGCAGAGGGGCUAUCCUAUAUGCAUGGUAAUACAAUU